AUGGCUGGUGUUGCGAGCUUGACUGCACAGUCACUCGACCCCGGCCGUACGUUUAAUUGGAUCUAUUUAGUGGAGCUGCUUGUCUGUGGUAUCCUCACCCUUUUCUUCCUCUUCUACUUCAAUCGGCUGUUCGCAACCCUUGUCUCCUACGGCCUUAGAGCUUAUACAUGGCACAAGUACCGAGUCUAUGUUGAUAUUCAGGCACUUCAAAUUUCAUUGCUUGGAGGUCGCAUCUUUUUCAAGGGAAUACGAUACCACGGAGAGAACGAAACUAUCCUCAUCCAAAAUGGAUACCUUACAUGGAAUUAUUGGCUUCGAUCUGUCAGGCAGGCCGAUUGCGCCAGGUUCGUUGAAUCCGGCCGCCAGCGCUCAGCAGGCUCAAGUGAAGAGUCUGGAAGCCCGUCCAACCCUUGUGCAACCGAGUCAAGUGUCAAAGAAUCGGGCCCCUUCCAAGCUGUACAAGAUCUACCAUCUCGCAUCUCGGUCUCAAUAUCAGGCUUCGAGUGGUUUGUAUAUAAUCGGAGCCCAGCUUAUGAUACAAUCGCAACUUCUGAGGCCCCAAAUACCAAACAACAUGCUGCCCAGCCAAACAGGAACGACCUCCGCAAGUCCAGCAGUCCGGCCACCUCGAAGAAUUUCUCUUUGAAGAGUGUCGACAUGGGCAACCAUCAGCCAAAUGCAAGUCCUCAGGGUUGUAAUCUUGAAACUCGCAGCGCCCAUCCAACAUCAGCUACCAAUACUAUGGAUUGGUCCACGCUACUCCUCUUAACACUGUUCCCAAUAUUGAUUGAAUGCAAGAAGGGUGCGAUUGUCAUUGGUAAUGAACACACUCGCGCCAUUCUAAUGACCAGCUUCGAGGAGUUACGGGGACAUAUCGAUGCUGCUAAAUCCGGUUUGCACGACAUCUACCGCCAGAUCUUCGAAUUUGACGUCACGCAUCCUGUCGUGCAGAUGAAACCAAACCCUGAUUACCGACAGCCUCAGCAGGCUGCGGCACAGAACAUCAUUCGCAACGCUACUCCCGUCCACGUUAACCGAAGCUGGUGGGAGAUUGAUUGGCGCUUCCGUCGUCGAAAGCGAAAGGUAAUGCAUGGUAUGCGUACGUUGAUGCCCUAUUUUCGUAGGUCAGUAGAGUCAUUUCGACCAUCGUCAGUCGACGAACAGAAACAUGUUGGUACAGGCAACUGGCCAAAUGAGAUUCCUGGAGAGCGCAGGUGGCUUGGCCUUAGCCGAUAUCUUGAUGAAGAAGAACGCGAUGACCAUGAGGGGUGGUCGAAUGUUGAAUAUGCAAGGUUCUCGCAAGUCGUAGACUGCCCGAGCGUACAUCUCAGCCUGUACUGGGAUGUUCCAGGAGUAGUCGAACAAGACCCAGCCUCUGCUGGCAGGAUUGAGACCGACCAUGAUACUGAUCUAGGCAAGCCCCCAGCAUAUGGCCUUGACCUGAUCCUUCGAGGGGGUAAAAUCAAUUAUGGCCCUUGGGCUGACCGCGCCAGAGCUGAAAUUCAAAACAUCUUUUUCCCUAGUUCGUACCGGGAUGCGGUCCCAGCAGAUCCAGUAUCGGUCGGGAGUUCCCGGCAGAGCACCAUAUUCAGCGUCCAUAUCCACAUUGAAAAUGAAACUUCUUUGCGACUUCCGACUAGGGAAAACUCUAAGGACUGGCAAUGGAAAGGACGCGCCGGUGCUUUGCGUGGCGCAUCUGGAAUGAAACAGCAAUCAGACAAGAAGCACACAAGAAAGAAGAAGGAUGAAAAGAACUUGCUAGGGCCUGACGUUCGUCCAUUCGGUUGGUUCGCCGUCUCCGUGUUGCCGAACUCAACAAUCGCCUACAAUAUGGGCAUGAUAGCUAGGAAGCAAGGUUAUCAUAAUGACCUUGAGCUUGACCUCAAGGGCACGAAGAUGACAACAAGCGUAAAUCAUGCUCAACUCUGGAGCUGUGGGCCACAAAAGAUAUCAUGCGAUCUUUCCAAUCCGCUAGGGUGGAAUACAUUUCACGAGUGGGCUUUUGAUGUUCAGAGUCACAACAUGGACUUGUUCCUCCUACGAGAUCAUAUAUUUCUGCUUGCUGAUUUAGUCAACGAUUUCACUUCUGGUCCAACAGGCGAAUUCCUUACCUUUGUGCCUUUCAUGUAUCGGAUCAAGCUCUCCUUCACCAACGUUAAACUGUACCUGAACGCGAAUGACUCCAAUAUAAUCGACAACCCAUGUGAUCUUGAAGAGAACACUUUCCUUAUGCUUCAUGGCAAGACUCUUCAGGUGGUCGUGGAUAUUCCUCUUGUGGACUAUGCUCCUUCCGAUCAUAGGAUCAAUUUUCAGGCAUGGGCACAAGAUGCCCGGCUAGACCUUGCUACCCCUGCUUGGAAUACGGCACACACUUUCGCAAGCGACAUGCCUACUGCUAAUUUAGAGGGAUUUUCGAUGGACGGUUGUUACAAUUAUUUCUCAAGUACAUCGCCGAGCCUCACCGACUCAUUGUUUUUGAACCUCAGGGGACUUUCGCCUAGAAUAUUUCUUCAUGGAUCCCUAAUCAAGUAUUGCAUAAAGCUGAAAGACAAUUACUUUGGGGAUGAUGUACAUUUCCGUACCCUGGAGGAAUAUCAAGAGCUUCUAGCGAAACAGAAAUGUGUGAUGCCAGAGCCACUGUACUUCCGGAACAAAAAGGAAAACGAUUUGGAUGUUAUUCUAAACGUCGCUUUCGAGCGAGUGUGCGCCCUUCUGCCCGCUAAUGUAUACUCUCGAAAGGAGAAUUUGCGACUUGAAUUUCUCUUCGUUGAAGCGGACGUCCGGUUUACUAAUUAUUACAUGGACGUGGAGGCAAUGUUCAGUCCAGUCAAGGCGGCAUGGGAAAGUGUUAAAGAUGAGGAGGCUGGGAUUGACAACCAUGUGUCCAAACCACAGGCUUUCGUCGAUGGGAUCCGGGUCUAUGGCCAUCGUCUAUUUGGCCUGGCCCCUUCAGAGCCAACGUAUGUUUGUAACUGGGACUUUGACGUUGGGAAGGUGACGGGUGAGUGCGUGACUGAUUUCGUGCAUAUACUACUACGAGCUUUGAAAUCCUUUUCGUUCACUCUUGAAGAUGAUGAGAAUGCGCUUCCGCAAUCACAUAUCCCGAAGAUUCAUGAUGUUACCUUCCUGUCUGCAAGAAUUGGUAACAUCAAUCUCUGUUUCUUCCAGGGAGAGACAGCAAUUCUGUUCAGAGCGGAUGGGAUUGAAAUCACGUUCAAUGAUUGGGCUGGCAAGAGAUUUUCAGACCGACUCCAGCUUGAGAUCCCUAAUAUUCAAGUUGCUGCUGUCGAUAAGAAGGGUGCAACUCGGCACAGAGACGAGCCAACUUCCGUAGUUCCGACUCAUGCACUCUUCCGGCUUUCUAUUCUACUCAGGAUGGUUGGAAAGAAUCGAGACUUUGAGCGAGAACGACAAUUACAACAGCAUCAUAUACAAUUUCAUGAUCAACGCACUCAUCGGACACGCUGGCUCCUUCACGAACCAGUUGCACGGGUCCAAACACCCGAGCAGCGCAAAAGUACAAGACCAAACCCUCCCGCCAUGACGGUUCCACAUAUGCCUGCUCCUUUGUCUGAAGGAGAUUGUUUUUCAUCAUCUGCACGGGGCACAGAGAUCCGAAGUCAUGGAAAGACGUCAAAUCCGAGAUUGCGACAUAAGAGCGCAUUCUUUUCCAAAGCUUCAUCUCUUGGUAGCUCUUCUUUGCAGUCAAGACGGGACUAUUCUAAAGUGACGAACUCCCGUGUUGCACAACCAUCCUAUAGCCAACGUUCAAGCUCAGCACCACGGCCGAGAGAUCAAGAUGGGGGGGAUACGGUCACUGUUGCUUUUAACGCUGCGGCUUCGGAAGAGCACGUUUGGGCAGACCGGGAAGUUGCACCCAACUGGAAGUCAACCACAACAUAUUCUAGUCCAUGGACCGCACCAUAUUUCCCAUUGGUAAAUAUUGCUCCUGAAACAGGCCACCUGCCGCUUAAGCCCUUUAAUACCAAACUUGCCACGAAGACUAGUAAAAGGGGUGGUGAUGGCCUAGAAGUCUUCGAGGAUCUGGAUGACGAUCAUAGACAUCGCCAUAGCCUGCUCGAUAUCGACUUAGGCGCUGAUGCAAGAGGCUUUGCUUCUCCUAAAUUCUUCACAGCAGUUGCGACUCUGGUCAAGGCUCUGCAGCCAGUCCAUCCAACAGAUCUACUGGACGGUUUACAAAUUGAUACAGUUACUCAGCUACAAAAGCUCGCAAAUACUGGUACGGGAUUUGCUCAGACAACAGACUAUUGCAUUCGGGUACCAUUUGCCCAUUUGAGGAUCUUAGAUGCGGAUUGUCCGUGGCAAGCGACUAAGAAUGAAGCAGAUAGGGACCAGUAUGACCUUCAGGUUGUAAGGCUCAAGAUGACUGCCCGGUCUAGCACCAAAGAGAAGCGUCCGAGAAAUAAUUCAGAGGUCGAAAAUUGCGUGUAUUUACAUGUCGUUCUUCAAAGGAGUCUUUUGGAGGUACAUGACCAAAGUGCAGACGUGCUGAAUGACAAAGCCGCAGCUAGGGUCUCCAUCGAAGACCUAGUUCUGUGGAUAGCAUCUGACGGGCGAACAGUAGCCAAGUUCCAACAACGAGACCUCCAAAUCACGUCUUGGGGCAGUCGAAUUGAGUAUCUAGCGUCGCUGAUCCAUCGCACAGUGGAGCUAUCGGCGUUUGUUGUCGGUCAGUUUACGUCUGUAGACUUGGCUGCUCGCAUUCCAAGCCUUGUCUACUAUCUUACAGAAGUAGCAGGUGGAUCCACAGACCCAGUGUUUCUCACCCGACCUUCCUAUGUUCUUCGGACUGCUGAUCAUCAUUUGAGACUUAAUGACUCCUGGAAGAUUAUUUCUCGACUUAGACAAAUGUUGCACUCUCUGGGCAGUCAUCAGCAAUCGGCACUUCUGCAAAAAUGUACCAGCCCGGAUAUCUCGCUUCCUCCCAACGCCAAAGCUCUUGUCCUUGCUACGUUCGAUAAAUGGCGUUCUUGGGAUCUUGCUGAUGUCAGCAAGAGUUUGAUCAUGGAGUUAAUCUGGGGCAAAUUUACGCCAAAGGAAAACUCGAUGCCGCAGAAUGGAGGACUCACUCUUGAAUUUACUCUCGAUAAGGUCAGUUUGAUAUUGGACCCAGGCCCAAAAGAGAACCAAAUCGCUAUCCACGGUAUUGGUACUGCGAUCUCGACGGCGGAAGAAUCUCGCUAUGAUAUGAAACAUGAACCUAGCGACGUUUUUCGACCAAGGAUAGUCACGGUACAGAUCUACUGUUCUAGUUUCGGUAUACAUCUCAAUUGGGAACUUGUGGAGCUAAUAGGUGAAACAAUGGAGCUGUUCAACUCCGAACAUAGAGAGAGAAAGGGAUCCACAGACGAGAUCACAAACAAGGAGCAACUUCCAGUGCCAGUAAAGCAGCUCCAUUUCGUCGUUGGCCUAGACGCCGGGGUCGUCACGUUUGACAGUAUUAACAUAAACCUUGCCAUGGCUGCUUCUGGUGUCAGAGGAUCCAUGUUGCAUCAAGUGGAUGCCAAAGCAUUCAAGACAACCAAUCUGCUUCUGAUGUCCCGAUCAGCUUCUGCAAGUCUUAGGGAUGAUGAAGCAGUGCUGCUGGAUUGGCUUCUGUACAAUACUACAGUGUCUUUGUGCAGGACAGUUCCCUUAUCACCGAGUUCAGAUCUUGCUGUUCCGAGAGCAACGGCGAAAUGCGAGAGACUGGAUUUCGAGAUCAAAGAAGACAUCAAUAAUUCUCUAAAGGUUGCAAAUCGAGUGAUAAGAGACGAAGUGAAUAUCCUCAAUGGUAUGGCGGCGCGGCUUAACGCUCGCAGCCAGUCCCUCCAGACGAAAGAGCACUCCAAUGCCGGACCGCAGCAACAUAUCUACAUUGCCUUGUUACUUACUCACUACACACUCAGUGUUGCGAUAUUGCCAUCACUCACCUACGUCAUCUCGGGUAACGGUGCAAGGACAUCAGCUGUUCCAAGGACGUCGUCUAGAAUGAUCAUAAACUUCGAUCUCGAAGAUAACAGUCAUGCAUUCAAGCUGCAAAACACGGACACGGCCAGUCAAGUGGCGAUGUUGAAAAUACCACCAAUCAAUAGUAAGGUGAUAUUGUGUCAAAGCACGAAGUCUACAAAUAUCAUGAUAGACACGACUUUGAACGAAGUAGACUUGGAUGCAAGGUCUGUAAGGUCUUGCGUCGACAUUAUCAACAAGCCAGAGGUCGUCCGAUCGUUAGUGAACGCAAAGAAGAGCGUCCAGCACGCAUCAGCCCAACUGGAUACCAUAUUUUCGUCGCAAACCGGCAUGGAUGCAGAGACUUCCAGCCACUCUACGACGUUGUUGUACAAAGCCAAAGUGACCCUAGUCGGGCUUAAGGUGCAUGUCAGCGCGCCCGCUCUGAAGUCACAAGACUACCGCUCGGACCUGGAUUUUGUUCUAGGCCUUACCACUUUUCGAUCAUGGAAUGAAGACGUACAACAAGGCGUCGUGCAUGAACGGCCCCAAUUCGACGUCGCAUUUCGACGCAUCAGCCUGAACGUCUACCGGCGAAGGAGUGGUGUUGCCAUUAAAUCAGGCAAUCUCGACUUCAGUGGUCAAGUGACAGGAAGGACCAGCACCGACGGCGAGAAGAACCAGAUACAAUUAUAUCACGCUGCAAGUGUUGGCCUUAACGCCAACUUGAGCGCCGAAACGGCCUCUCUGAUUGUCGAUAUUGCGGCACAUCUCCAGGAACGAAUCAAGUCAUUCACGCUGGCAGACGAAGUUAAGCGGUUGAAACCGUUGCGUCGAUUGACUACUGCUGGCCUGAGCGACCCACCUAUGAUUAAAGUCUCCGCUGAUGAUGGCAAGGAAGAGGAGCAAGCUGGAUCCAGUAGUCUCUUCGACUCUGUCUAUUCGCUCGAUCUGAAUGCUAUCAGCAUUGCAUGGAGACUUGACGCUAAGAUACCUAAAUCAACCCCCAGGCAAGCCGAAGAUCUUGUGUUUUCGAUCCGAAAGGUAAAUCUAAACACAAAGCGAGAAGGGUCCGCUACAUUAACUAUCACGGACCUCCAACUGCAGAUGGUCCCGAAAUCACUGGAAGCCCACGAACGAUCCUUGAACUCUGCUCUCAUGCCAGAUGUGGUUUUUAAAGUUGCCUACCUAUCAACCAAGAAGGGCCGGAGAUUUGCAUUCCAAGCAGCGGGAAAGGCUCUUGACUUACGUCUGACCUCUGACUUCAUAGUUCCAGCCACUGCCCUUCGCGCAUCGCUUGCCGCUGCUAGUGCAGAGCUGCGUGAGGGAAGUGCAUUAUGGGCAUCACAGCCUGUAGCGUUUAAAAAAGAGUCCACUAGUCUUUUUGGCAGAAAGUACUUAGCUUCACUGCUCAUUGAUGCAGACUUUGCUGGCGCUGUUGUCAAUAUCCAGGCUCGCAAACCCGACGAGGAACGGAAGAGCGUAUUUGGGAUUCUCAAAGGUGAUAAAAGGUCUCGCGCAGGGCGGUAUGACCAGGCUGUUCAAGGCGAUGGUGCAACUCUCCGCGCCCCAGGGGUGGCAAUGAAAGUUGAGUACUCAGACAACGGGCGAGAUGACCCAUCACUGAAUGCAGAGAUCAAGGUCGCAGCGUCCUCGAACGUGCUCUACCCAUCUGUUGUGCCCUUGAUCACUGAAGCGUCCUCUAGCAUCAAAGAAAUUGUCGGUAGUCCAGACGACAGCGCGGAAAAGCCUAUAAUCCGAGAGAUCCAAAAGCCCCCUUCGAGUCCUACGCUAGCAUCUAGCAAACCUACCAACCUGAUGGGCCGCUGCAAGCUGGAUCUCUCAAUAUGGAUCAGGAAACAAGAGUUUAGCCUCAGCUGCCAGCCAAUUGCCCGCGUCGCAGCCACAGCUAAAUUUAGCGACUCAUUCAUAGCAGUCAACACAGUUCAAUCGCCUGAGCAGGGGCGUUUCUUUGCUCUGUCAGCAAAUUUCAGUGAUCUUCAUGCAUCAGUCCAGCAUGUCUAUUCUCGGGAGUCUACCGCCAGCUUCGAAGUCGAUUCGAUUGUGCUGUCUAUGAUGAACAGCAAGCAUGUGAGCAAUAUAACAGGUGUCUCUGCGAUUUUGAACGUCAGUCCUAUGAAAGCAUCAGUGAAUGCGAAACAGCUGCAGGAUUUCCUUCUGUUUCGGGAGAUCUGGUACCCGGCUGAGCUCAGACAAACUGCGUCGAGUCCAACAGCUGCCUCCGCUGCCCCUGAGAAUCAAGCUAUCGUUGUACAGAGGUAUCAGCAAGUUGCGGCUGCUGGGGCGUUUCCAUGGAAUGCCGUCGUUGCAGUCCAAGAGUUGACGGUGCAAGUAGACCUCGGGCAGAGUCUUGGAAAAUCCAUCUUCACUGUGUCUCAAUUAUGGGCAUCCUCCAAAAAGGCGUCUGACUUCGAACAGAACUUGUGCCUGGGUUUUGAAAAGAUUGGCGUCGAAUGCACAGGAAGAAUGAGCGGAUUCGUCGAAUUACAGAAUUUUCGGGUGAGAACGUCGAUACGAUGGCCACAGAUGCAGACAGCUCUGGAACAGAUACCGCUCGUGCAAGCGUCGCUCGGGUUGGAUCAAUUACGUGUCAAAGCAGCUUUUGACUAUCAGCCCUUUGCAAUAGCUGAGAUCUCGAAGUUUGAGUUUUUGAUGUACAACAUUCGACCAAGACAGAGCGGCGAAAAGGACAGACUACUUGGUAAUUUGGAGGGUGAGAAGGUUCAGGUCUUCUGCACGACUGGUAGCGCCUCUCAGGCCCUAGCGUUGUAUCAAGCUGUGGUCCGCCUUGUUCAAGAAAAAGAGGCAGCAUAUGAAACAUCGUUGAAAGAGCUCGACAGAUAUCUGCGACGAAAGUCUGUGUUUCCGUCCUCGACAUGGACUGCCGCCUCGACUGAACCAGGCGAGGAGGAGAAAGAUGUCUUACAAGGGCCCUUUUCUCUACAUACCAAGGUUGUUGUUACAUUAAGAGCUGUCAAUGUCGGAGCAUUUCCCACCACUUUCUUCGAUAAUCAGAUUUUCAAGGUCGAAGCAAAAGAUGCGCAAGCCCGAUUUGCUGUGUCUGCAAAAGAGGGAAAGACACAUUCAGGCCUUGGACUUACUUUGGGCCAGCUUCGGGUAGCACUGUCCAACGUCAACCGGAGUAACACCCAAGCGCUUGGAGAGGUAUCCGUUAGCGACGUUGUGAGCCGUGCCACAGGUUCUCGGGGCGGCACGAUCCUAAAGGUCCCUAAAGUCGUUGCCACUAUGCAGACAUGGCAAGGGGCUUCCUCCAACAGCAUUGAGUACAUCUUCAAAAGCACCUUUGAGGGAAAGGUGGAUGUGGGAUGGAACUACUCCCGAAUCAGCUUCAUCCGAGGCAUGUGGUCUACCCAUUUGCGAGCAUUGGCAUCGAGACUUGGCAAACCGUUGCCACAAUCCGCGGUGCAAAUCACCGGUGGUCCUCAGCCUGAUGACAAAGGGGAGGGCAAAAACCAAGAGAAGAUCACGGCAGGACAAGCUGCCGAACCUGACGCAUCAAAUCAUCAUCGUCACUUUAUUAGGGGUGGCAAAGGAAGUGGAGGAUGCUUAUUCGAAGAUACUGGGAUCAUCAUAGCGGAAACGUCUCUGUAG